CCGGGCGAUGUUAUCUAUUUUUAACGCACAAAAUACGAGAGUCUUUUCAAGAGCGCCGGCAUAUGGAGCUAAGCGAAGUCAGAUUCUACACAUUCUCGCACACUUUCGGGCUGAACAGAGCGCAGCAGAACGGAACUGUUGUGCGUGACACGGUGCAAACUCGGUCGGUCGUGUCAAAAACCGCGUGAGAAAAAAUCAAUCGGGAAAAUUGUGAAAGAGUUUGUAUGAAAAUCAAUCUACUGAAGGGAUAAGAGGUGAUAUUAAUAUGGCAGACGUUACUUCCAAUAACCCCACCAUGGAUGUGCAAACUAGUAACGGAGAACCGCGAACCCAUGCGGAAGCGAAGAAACUUAUGCGGGAAGACAAGCAGCGAGAGGCAAAAAUCGAAGAGCAGCUGUCCAAAGCACUCAGUGGCAUGACAGUGGAGGAAAAGUAUGCUGCCGUUCACAAACGGUUGGUCGAUUCGGAGAAAGAAAACCGUCGCCUGGUAGCACUGCACAAGCAGUACGAUCGUACGCUGGAAGCGUCCAAGCGUGAGAAGGAAAAUCUCAUCCUGGAGCACGAUAAAAUGGCCAUGACCAAGACGAAACUGGAAGGGCUAUGCAGAGAGUUGCAGCGCCAGAACAAAACGAUCAAGGAUGAAAGUUUGGCACAGAUUCAUCAGGAGGAAGAAAAGCGGAAGCAGACGCAAGAAAAGUUCCAACAGUCGCUUAACGAAAUACAGGCAGUGAUGAAUGAGAACAAUGACAAGAACAUGAAGUUGAAGGAAGACAACAUGGAAAUGGCCAAAAAGUUUAAGUUCAUUCUCGAGCAGUACGAACUUCGCGAUCAGCAGAUGGAUAAAAUGAACAAACAGAUGGAACUGGUAACGCAGCUGAACGAUGCCAAACUAGCCAAGCUACAAAUGCAGGCAAACAGUGAAAAGGAACAAUUUCUUGCAGAGAAGCUAGUGCUGAUGACUGAGCUGCAGAAGGUGAAAAAACAGUUGGCCGAUAUACAGACAGUUGAGACGCAUCUACGUGGCCAGGUCACCAUGUAUUCCGACAAGUACGGAGAGUUUCAAGACUCGUUGAAGAAAAGCCGAAGCAUUUACGAAGGAUAUCAGGAGGACAUGAAAAAGAUGUCGAAGAAAAUGAAAACCCUCGAGAAGGAAACCAUGGCAUGGAAAUCGAGAUGGGAAACUAGUAAUGCCACCGUGCAGAAGAUGCUGGAUGAACAGAUCGAUCGCGAAAAGCAUCUAACCAAAACGACCCGCCAGCUGAAUAACUUGCAAAAGCUUUGCCGCACGCUACAGGCCGAAAGGGCUACGUACUUGGCUGCGCUAAAGGAAGGUAACAUACCGAUACCGUCCGAAGUGCCAGACCAAACACAGGAACAGGAGAAACCGGUCGAGAAGAACGAAAGCGUUCCGGAGGUAGCGAAAAAGCAGCAGCAAACCAAUGACAAUCAAGUGAAUGGGCAUGCGACAGACGCACCCGUAACGGAGAUGGAGAAAACACCCACGUCAACGUAGUCUAGGCACGGUUUGCCUGUGUACAAGUUGCCAGCGCUCCUUUACAAUCCUUCUUGUCAUUGAAAUGUUUUAAUUUAUCGCACACCAUUUCGUGUUUCAUUUUUGCAAUUUAAUCUACUAUUGAAUGUGGAAAUUUUGUAUUUCUUUCUUCAAAAACCAUAUACGAUAAUGGAAUAAAUCUUAAUCCUCACCAAAACAAA